AUCUGACUGCCUUAGCUUUAAGCCCCCUUGUGCAUUUUUGCUUUUGACAUCUCCUGUUCUGACACAAGUAGGAAUAGAUACUAGGUCGGCCAGUUAGUACAUCAGCUUCCAAACAAAAGUGUGUGAGCUCAUAAAAUACAGAAUCACAAGGUUUCUCUCAUGGGAGUGUCAUAAUGGCAUGGAUGAUUACUUCUGCAGUAUUCCUGACAGUGUUUAAAGCUGCACUUUGUUUUAAUAUCGACCCUGCGGCCUGGAAGACCUUUGAAGAGGAUGCUGAAGGUUUUGGAUACCAGGUUGUGCAGAGAAACUCUGACCUGCUGGUCAGUGCUCCUCUUGAACAAUAUUCUCAGACAGGAAGAGGUGUAAUCUAUAAAUGUUCCACCACUUCCUGUGCAAGACUGUCACUUUCAACGCCACAGUUUGCAGUCAACAUGUCCCUUGGUCUGGAAAUGGCAAAUGAUCCCGAGACACAAAACACAUUGGUGUGUGGACCAACCAUCCCAAAAGACUGCCGAAGUAUCACCAUGUAUGACGGUGUAUGCUUAGAAAUAGCCAGUAAUGAUCAGGUCCGACGUUCAAUGCCCUCUUCCCCUAAAGAGUGUCAAUCCCAAGCAGACAUCACAUUCCUGUUGGAUGGCUCAGGCAGUGUAUUUUCCUCGGAUUUUACAAAGAUGAAGAAUUUUGUAAAGGAAAUGAUCAACUUGUUCCAGGGUAAAGACACAAAGUUUGCCAUUGCCCAGUUCUCCAGUAGGUUCCAAAUCCAUAAUUUCUUGAGUACAUUUGAUGCUGCAAGGUGGAAUAAUCAAAUUAACCAAAUACGACAGCUUACUGGGGGUACUCAUACAGCAACUGCCAUCAAACGUGUUGUAGAGGAGAUCUUUAUUGAAAGUAGAGGUUCAAGGAAAGAUGUGAAAAGAGUUUUGAUCAUCAUUACAGAUGGAGAAUCUAAUGGCGUAUUUGACUUGAACAAAGCAAUACAAUUAGCUAAUGACAAAAAGAUAGUUCGAUUUGCCAUUGGGGUUGGGAAUGCAUUCAGUUCACUGGAUGCCAUAAACGAACUGCAGAGGAUUUCAUCUUCUCCUUCAGCAGACCAUGUGUUCCAGGUGGAAAACUUUGAUGCGCUUAAUAAAAUAAGAGAGACUUUGCAGGAGAAAAUCUUCUCCAUUGAAGGAUCUCAAACGGCUGGAGAGACACUGAAAAGAGAAAUGUCUCAAGGUGGAUUAAGUGCAGUUUAUGCUCCUCAGGGAAUACGGAUGAGUAUCGUUGGUGCUAACCAGUGGAAGGGAGGCUUUGAUCAAUACUCAGCCACAUCCCAACACAGCAGCUAUGAACCUGACAACAUUUUGCCUGACAGUUACCUGGGUUACUCCAUGGCAGUUGCUAAAACCAUGCAAGGCUCUUUGACAAUUGUUGGCGCUCCAAGACAUGGUCAUGUAGGAGCUGUGGUGGCAAUUCAAGAAAACAACGCUGAGCAAAUGAUCGACCCAACCAAAUAUCAGUUUCAGAGUGGGGAAUAUUUUGGGGCUGAGGUUUGUGCAAUGAAUUUGGAUCCUGACACCUACACUGAUCUAAUCCUCAUAUCGGCCCCGAUGUACGUAGACGAUGACAGAGAGGGAAGAGUUUAUGUUUGCCACUUAACUGGUUCGAAAGUGGACUGUCACUUAGAUUCUCCAUUGGUACUGAGAGGGGCUGAAUCUGACAAAGGAAGGUUUGGGUCUUCCCUUGCCGUAUUGCCUGAUCUGAACAAGGAUGGUCUCCGUGAUUUGGCUGUUGGUGCACCUUUGGAAAAUGACAUGAAAGGCAGUAUCUACCUAUUUCAUGGCGAGGGAGGACACAGAGGAAUUAAUCCUGAUUUCUCACAGAGAAUCACUGGUUCUGAAGUCAAGUCACGACUGAUGUUCUUUGGCAUGUCGAUCAGUCAGUCGUCUUUUGACCAUAGUGGGGACUCCCUGCCAGACCUAGCGGUGGGCUCAAAGGGCAAAGUUGUUCUACUAAGAUCAAAGCCAAUAGUGAUGGUUGAAGCUACGAUAACAUACAACCCAAACCAAGUCUCCACUCAAAACUCAGACUGCUUAGUACCAUUGCAAAACACGGCUAGAAUCUGCUUUCACAUGACCAGAAUCUCUGAAGUGAAAACAGCUCAAGCGAGGAUCAACUACACUCUUACGCUGGAUGCCACCCGCAAGGCACCAAACAACCGAGCUUUUAUCAGAGAUAAAAUACGAGAGGAGACCAGAUCAAUUACUCUUACUUUACCGCUACGGCAGUGCAACAAUAUUGACUUCUUUGUUCAGGCUUGUCCAGUGGAUGCUCUAAAUGAACUGCGCAAUGAACUCAGGUUCACCUUUGAAGGCUUGCUCUCUAACACAGGUCUUAGCCCAAGUCUUGCCCAACAGGCUCAGAUGACAAACUAUUAUCCUUUAGGAUUUGAGAUCAACUGUGGCAAUGACGGCAAAUGUGUAGAUAACAUGAAAGUGGAUUUCAACUUUGCUAGAUCUUCAGAGGUUAGAGUUGGCAUUGAUGAACUGUUGGAUGUCACUGUCUCAGUGGAAAACUCAGGGGAAGACUCCUACAACACUCAUGCCAUUCUAACUUACCCGGCUGGACUCUCCUUCAGGAAGUUUACGAUUUUGCGGGGAAGAAUUGAAUGCAAUUCAUUGGACAGUGAGGAUGGUUCAUCACGAGGAAAGACAGACUGCACUAUUGACCAGCCCAUUUUCAAGAGUGGCACUAUGGCUCUCGUCAUUGUCUCCUAUGGGAUUGAAUCCAACAGUCAACUUGGCAACAAUAUAUUUUUUACUGCAAAUGCUACCAGUGGGAAUCUGGAGCACUCCCCCUCAAGUAAACUCUACAAAAUGAAAGAUAUUGAUGUGAAGUACAGCAUUUUUGCAACAAUUGAAAGUUCCCUCAGCUACAAAAAUUUCACUUAUGGAAAAAAUGACUUGCAGAAACCAGUCCAACAAACAAUUUCGGUCGCAAAUGAUAUCAGAGCUCUGAAUUUCACAGUAGUGAUCAGGGUGCCUGUAAAACUUGGUGAUAAAGACAUCUGGGUGGAUUCAAGCAGUUUUCAGAUUCCGGGCUGUCGAAGAGAAAUAGAUGCGAAACCUAAUGUCACAGAUUUCAUUGUACAAACACAGAAAAAUAAGAUAGUGGACUGCUCUGUAGCCAUAUGUGGUGUGUUCAAGUGCAAAACGUUCAUGGGAAGACUGGAGAGUAAAAAGUAUCAAAUCUCUGCCAACCUGAGCUCUCGGUGGAUAGAACAGAUUGGACUUCAAUCUGCCAAAUUUCUCUUGACCAGCACAGCCACUCUGGAGUACAACACAAACCAGUACAUUUUCUUUUCAACAGGAUCUAGUAACACUCCCCCUGUUCGCAAGAUUGAGAUGGUGGUAGAGGUGUAUCCUGAACAUGACUUCACCAAAGAGAUUGUUGGAGGAUCUCUGGGAGGGCUGGCUCUGCUGGCUUUACUCACUGCUGGCCUAUAUAAGGCUGGCUUUUUCAAGAGUAAGUACGGUCAGAUGAUAAAGGAGGAUGCAGGAGAAGGAGGGAGUCCAGGUGGUGAAGAAGCCCUCUCACCAUAAUAAUGAUAUAUAUUUAUCUGCUUUUUUACUUCUGCCAGCGAAACAUGUAAUUUCAUGUAACUUGUUUUAUAGUUCUCAUUUGAUGCUCACUUAAAAAAAUGUAUAGAAUGCAGCCUUUGCUGACAACGUAAACUGCUUUGUUUAGACUAAAUCAUCACAUUUUACUGAUCAAUGUUUUUGUUAUUAAAAAGACUUUCGAUAUGCUUCAUCAAUAUUUAUUAUAUAUGUGACAAAAAAUGACAUUCCAUUUGUCACAAAACUUCAUUCACAUUCUUGUUUUGAAGGAAACACAAAGGUAUAACACCAGUAACAUUCUAGUUUUCCUUCAUUUAACUGAAACAAACACAUUUUGAAAAACACAUUUCCCUGUUUGAUGUAUUAAAACCAUACAACAAUAAAAUGUAAACUUUUGAA